UCAAAAUUAACUGAAUUUCUAAUGAAAUAUUGGCAUUAUAAUGAUAAUGAAUUAUCAACUGAAUAUCAAAAUUAUUUAAUUCAAUUCUAUAAAAAAUCUUAUUUUAUCGCUAUUAUUUCUUAUCAAAUUUUUCGUAUCGGAUUAUUUGCUAUUAUAAUCAUUUUCGAUUAUUUUUCAUAUAAUUUAUAUAAAUGUGGUGAAAUUAAUUUAAUUAAAUUUAUAAUAUCAUCAAUAUGUUUUUUCUUUUAUGUUUGUCAAUGUAUCUUUAUUGUUUUGGAUUCAUUCAUGUUAUUGAUUUAUCGACAACGAAAAUUAUUCUGGUAUCAAUUUCAUUUGGAAUACGUUCAUCUUUUCAAAGAAACUCAACAAUUUAAUCAAACACUUCGAGAUGUAUUAUUAUUUCUCGAAAUGAUGUCUAAAUCUUUGAUCAUAAAUUGUUUAUUAUUUUAUAGUCAUCAAACCACGAUGUCUCAUUUACCAUCAUAUAAUCGAUUAUGUUGGCUAUCUAUACAUCGUUGGAUUGCUCGAUCACAAUGGUCAAAUGUGGAACGAAAAAAACAUCGCAAUAGAUUGCCCUUCCGAUAUUCACUUAAAUCACGUCUAUUUCUACAGUCGAUGACCCAUAAUCAAUUUGGUUUUACUUGUGGUCGUAUGUUUUUCAUAUCAAAAUUCAAAUACAUUCAAAUGUUUAUCAUGAAUUUUCAUAUGGCUAUCAAAUUCUAUAAAAAAAUUUGCUCAACCAUGAAUCCUUUCAAACAAUACACAAGCAAUGAAAUUGUUGAAAUUAAACAUUUUAUUAGAAAUGGAUUUCAAACAAUUAAAUUUUAUGCUUUACGUAUUGAUUAUGAUCUUGUUGAUUAUGAACAUCAAAAUAUUUGUUGGNAUGUUUUUCAUAUCUAA